AUGGACAUAGCUGUAGUGACAGUCUUGCCUUCUGCCCACACCCGCCUGUGGGCGAAGGCUCCUGUGAUCUGGGUUGUCCUUUCUGUCCCUGCAGUGGCUUCAGAUUUCUUCCCAGGAAACUCAGCAGAAUCAAACAGAGAAAGACUGUUUGGGGUCAACCAACCAGCACCCCUCUCUGGUGUCCAGGGCGGCUCCAUCGAGAUCCCCUUCUCCUCCUACUUCCCCUGGGAGUUGACCAACGAUCCACAGAUGAGGGUUUUCUGGAAAUGGAAGCACUUCCAUGGGGAAUUUAUCUACAACUCCUCCCCGCAUUUCAUACAUGAGCAUUUCAAGAACCGUCUGGUAUUGAAUUGGACACAGCCUCAGACAUCCGGAGUCCUCAGAAUCCUGGACUUGAAGGAGGAGGACCAGACAGUGUACUUCUGCCGAGUUCAUCUGAACACAAGAGAAGGCACGGAGAGCUGGCAGUCGAUUCCUGGGACCAACCUUACCAUCAUCCGUGCUGUCAGCACCAUGCAGAGUCCCUCCAUCGUCACCCCUGACGUCACCACAGCUGGCCUGGAGGACACAGAGGGCCAGAGGAAUCCUUCACUCGUGAGCCUGGGAGCCACGGUCGGGGUGGUGGUGGCCACGGCUGUGCUCAUAACCCCCGUCUGUGUCUUGACGAUCUUCCUCUGCUGGAAGCGAAGGCCAGCAGCCUAAAGCCCAAACCCCAGCCAGGUGAGCGCCCGUCAUCCCAGGGAGCAGGCGUGGUGGCUUGCAUAAGAAUG